AUGGCCGAGACCCAGACCCCCCAGGAGGUUGAGAUCGACUACACCCUCAACAACCCUGACACCUUGACCAAGUACAAGACCGCCGCCGAGAUCUCUCACAAGGUUCUUGAGGCUGUGAGCGCUCUGUGUCUGGAGGGAGAGAAGAUUGUCGAGAUCUGCCAGAAGGGCGACAAGCUGCUGGACGAGGAAAUCGCCAAGGUCUACAGCAAGCCUCACAAGGGCAAGAAGGUCGCUAAGGGUAUCUCCCACCCGACCACCGUCUCCCCGAGCUCCUAUGUGACUCCCUACACCCCGCUGCUGUCGGAUGCCGCCGAGGCCGAGACCACUCUCAAGGCCGGCGAGAUCGUGAAGAUCCAGCUCGGUGCUCAGAUCGAUGGCUUCGGAACCAUCGUUUGUGACAUGGUCACCGUGGGCAAGAAGGAGGUUACUGGCCGCGAGGCAGAUCUCAUCGUCGCAACCCACUACGCCAACGAGCUGCUGCUGCGGCUCAUGGUCCCUCCUGGCCUGCUGGCCUCGGGCACCGACGAGGAGAAGAAGAAGGCCGCUGCACAGAAGGCCCCGACCCAGGCCCACAUCUCUGCGCUGAUCGAGAAGGUCGCCAAGACCUACGACUGCAACGUCAUCGAGAACACCACCAGCUGGCUGUUCGACCGCAACGAGAUUGAGGGCAACAAGAAGAUCAUCCUGACCCCCGGUAGCGGCGUGCGCGGUGAGGGUGUCCCCGAGGUUGGUGAGGUGUGGGGUGUUGAGAUUGGUCUCAGCUUGGGAUCUGGCAAGGUCAAGACCCUGGAUCACCGCGCGACCCUGCACCGCCGUACCACCACCACCUACAUCCUCAAGCGGCCCAGCUCGCGACAGACUCUGUCUGAGAUUGUCAAGAAGUUCGGUACCUUCCCCUUCAGCUUGCGCCAGCUUGACGACGAGAAGGCCGCCAAGGUCGGUGUGGUUGAGUGCGUCCGUGGCGGCGUCCUGCGCCAGUACGAGCCCGCUGGCGAUGCUGACAAUGCCGCUGUUUCCCGUCUCUUGACGACCAUCGCGAUCACCAAGAACGGCAUCACCAAGCUUGCCGCGCCCAAGGCUAUCGAUCUGACACAGUUCAAGACGGACAAGAAGAUCGAGGACGAGGAGAUCCUCAAGAUCCUGGAGCAGCCUCUGGCCCGCUCGACUGGCAACAAGAAGAACAAGAACAAGAAGAAGAAGGCUGCCGCCAACUAA